UCAUCAACGAGUAACUAGACUAGGUCGAAGAGGAUGCAGACCAUGAAUCUGACAAAAAGAAAAACGUAUUUUUCUGAAUUUUUGCAAGGAAAGAUUCAAUUUUUAAUCUGUCUUGUCGUGAAUGACUAAUCACUUUCAUGCUAUAAUCAAGUGGCAUAAAAUGCACCCAAUUAAAGGAGUCCAACAAUUUUUUUCUUUUUUUUUCAAUUGGAUGCAAACAAAUUUCAAUUUUUUUAAUUUUCCGAGGACCAACCUAACUUUAAAUAGCAGCCAAGAAAGAAGCUUGGUGAUUCAUUCCCCUACCAGAGAAAAUGAGGAGGAGCUUACCCUCUGCGUCCUUUUUUCUGGUCCAUGUUCUUCUUCUAUUCUGUAUUCUUCUCACACCAACUCAUUCCUCUGACGGAGAUGGUGACGACGAUGGUGAUUUGGUUGACCAGAUAUGCCGAAAGACUCCCUUUUAUGAUCUCUGCAGCUCCAUCUUACACUCAAAUCCCUUGGCCCCCAAAAGUGAUCCAAAGGGUAUGGCCCUCAUAAUGGUAAAUGACAUUCAGGCAAAUGCUACUGACACACUGAGUUACAUUGAAGAGUUGAUCAAGCAAACCUCAGAUGAACAAUUGGAGCAACAACUGGCUUUCUGUGCUGAGUCAUACAUCCCGGUUGUGAAGUACAUUCUCCCACAAGCAGCUGAUGCCAUAAGCCAAGGUCGAUUUGGGUUUGCCAGUUACUGCAUAGUUGAUGCUCAGAAGGAAGUAAAUGCCUGCGACAAGAAAUUUUCUGGCUCAUCUCAGGCACCCUUAAGUGAUAGAAAUGACAUUAUGCAGAAGUUGGUGGAUGUGGCUUCAGCCAUAGUUAAACUACUAUUAAAUGGUUGAUUAAUUUGAUUUCUUGUAGCAUUUAGUAAUUAUUAGAGCUCUUAUUCUUAUUCCAUGAAUAAAUGCUUUAGAUGAUUGAGUUUGUA